AUGAAGUCUUUUUUUGUUGCUACUCUGUUGGUUGCUGGCGUUCUUGCGGCCCCUUCAUCUGACGUGAAGCGUCAAACCUCACCUUGUCCUGCCGGUCUCGAAGCUACCCCCCAGUGUUGCGCCACUGAUGUGCUUGGCGUUGCCGACUUGGAUUGUGCCAAUCCACCCAACCCUUUCACUGAUGCCGCGUCUUUCACGGCUGUGUGCGCCGCUAUAGGCCAACGGGCUCGUUGCUGUGCUAUCCCAGUAGCUGGCCAAGAUUUGCUCUGCACGAGCCCAGUAUAA